AUGGCUCUAAGUUAUAUGAGAACGUUAAGGAUUACUAGAACUGUAACUAUUAUACACAGAAAUCUAAAAUCAGUUCCUGUGGCCCAAGCAAGCACAGUAAUUAAACCAGUUCAAUCUAAAAAAACUGAAGAUAAAUUUGUGUACUUAGAGGACCCAGACGUUUUUGGAACUCUAUCGAAAAAUUCAAUGAUUCCUGAUAAUGAUGAAUUUGAAGAUGAAGGAGAUAUAAAAGAACAGGAGUUUUUAAGUAAUUUACCAAUGAAAUCACGUAAGUUGACGAUAAAACAAUAUUCAGAUUUAAUCAAACAAUAUCUAUCACAUAAAAGGUUAAAAGAAGCUUUAGAUAUUUUGGAAGUAAGAAUGUUAACAGAGGACAGAGUGAAACCAGAAAAUUACAUAUACAAUAUACUUAUUGGAGCUUGUGCUGAUGUUGGAUAUACAAAGAAAGCAUUUAAAUUAUUCAAUGAUAUGAAAAGACGGGCAUUAAAACCUACUGGUGAUACUUACACCUGUUUGUUCCAUGCCUGUGCAAACAGCCCAUGGCCUGAAGAUGGUUUAAAAUAUGCAAAUGCAUUAAGAGAGUUAAUUAAUCAAAAAGGCAUUGAACUGAAUAUCACAAUAUAUAAUUCCAUGAUUAAAGCUUUUGGGAGAUGUGGAGAUUUACCUGCUGCAUUUAAAAUUGUUGAUGAAAUGAUUGCUAAGAAAAUAAAAAUCAGGGUACAUACAUACAACCACUUACUACAUGCAUGCAUUUCAGAUAAAAAAAUUGGUCUGAGACAUGCUUUGGUAGUUUGGAGAAAAAUGUUAACCACAAGAGAAAAACCAAAUUUAUUUUCUUUCAAUCUAAUGUUAAAAUGUGUACAGGAUUGUAAUUUAGGCACUAAAGCUGAUAUAGAAGAAUUAAUAAGCAUUCUACAAUCUAGUAUUGCUAUUACUGACAGCAGAUCUUUACAAAUCAGAUCUGAAGUAAAAUUAUUAAAUAUGUCUAAACCUGAACUAAUUAGUGAAAAUUUAGUUUCAUCUCCUAAUGAUUCAGAAUCUAAAGUUAUGAACAAUAGUACUGUUAGUGGUACGAAUAAUUACUUAGAAUUAGUAAGUGAUAAUACCAUCACUAUACUAGAUAAGAAUUCACAAAAAAAAAUAUCAAUAAAAAAGGAAAGAAUGUUACCUAAUUUGCUUUCUAAAUUGUUGCAAAUGCAACAAGUACUUGCUUUAAAAGAAAUACACACAGUACAAGAUAGAUUUGCAGUUAUUGGUGGCCAAGAAGAUUUCAUCAAAGAAAUGGAAGUUUAUUCUGUCAAACCAGACAUCAAAACUUUUACCCAAAUGAUUACACUACUUGAUAACACAAGUGAAGCGGAAAACAAAUUAUUAGAAACAAUGAAGACAUUUAAUAUAAAAGCAGACAUAGAUUUUUAUAACAUUUUGAUUAAAAAAAGAUGUCUUAGGGGUGACUAUGAUGCUGCUUUUGAUGUAAAGACUAUAAUAGAGGGCGAAAAUGCAGCUCGCAAAAAGUCCCAUCCACUGAAGAAGAAACUGAGGCUGAAAUUUAAUGUAAUGACUUAUGGAGUGUUGGCAAUGGCUUGUCAAACCAAGGACAGUGCUGAGAAAUUACUAAAUGAAAUGAAUGAAAAUCAACUUAAAGUUAAUAUAGAAAUAUUGGGAACACUUUUGAAGAAAGGUGCAAUUAAAUUAGACUUCGAUUAUGUUAUUUUUAUAAUGAAAAGGGUAAAAGAAGAAAAUUUGAAUGUAAAUGCAACAUUUCUAAAACACUUGCAAACGCUAUAUCAAAUCUGUAAAAGAAAAAAUCAGUUACAGGACACCCACAUAGUAGAUGCUGAAAGUAAAAAAUCCUUCGAAAGAGCAUUUAGAAAAUUUUCCACCUUUUAUCACUCUUGGUUGAAUGAAGUAGAUGUUGAAGGUGCAAAAUCAGAACACCCAUGGCAACAGUUUAGAGAAAAUUAUCCAGAAACAGUACAAAGAUCUAAUGUUGUAAUUCGGGAACCCAAGAAAUUCUACAAAAGAAAUAGAAGAUUUGUGAAAUAUGCACCAAGGGUAUAA